AGGGCAAAACAGGAAAUAGAUUUGGCUGGUAAGAUGAUAAAAAAGCAUGUGGAGGUGCACUAGGACAGGAAUAUGAAAAGAAGUAACUGUGUGCAUGUAAAGAAGGGAAGGAAGGAGAAGGAGGGUAAGAGUGAAAAAGAGAGAGAGAUAAAGAGACAUGCCUUAAACAGGGAAGAAAUGACAGGUACUCUAACAAUAAAAGGGGGUUGGGUGUUGCUCAAAGAACAUAAGGAAUGAAGAAAAGCAAGGUGGAUUUAAUGGUGUCAGUGACUGCAGAUUUAUAAGCGAGAAUCCAGAGAGUGUUACAGAGAGUUAACAAGGACCUGUUUUAACUAUGAAGGCUUUAAUCAUAAGGGUGCUAUUUGUUCUCUUUUUAACCUCAUUUGGCACCAUGUUGUUUUGGCACUACUUUGCUCACAGCGAUGCAGGUGUUCGUGGGCCACGCAAUGCAAAAGAAAUGGCAAAAAGUCGUGCAGAUUUUGCUCCCGAAAAUUCUAAGAACAGGAAUGCAGCUCCCAGGGUUCGGCGCGUUGUUAAAAAAAUAUAUAUAAUAAGAAAAAACAAGGCAGCUGCCAGCAAUCAACUUAAUGUUCAACAAAAUCCUGCAAAGAAAGAUGCAGCUGCUAUCAAUCCACAUAAUGUUCAACAAAAGGCCUUAGCAAGCAAUAAUGCAGCUGCCAACAAUCCAAAUAAUGUUCAACAAAAUGGCCCAGUAAACAAUAAUGCAGCUGCCAGCAAUCCACGUAAUGUUAACCUGAAUCCCGCAAACAGCAAAGAUGCAGCUGCCCAAAAUCCACGUAACGUUCAACAAAAUCCAAGAAAUAAUGCAGCUGCCAGCAAUCCACGUAACGUUAAACCGAAUCCUGCAAACAUCAAAGAUGCAGCUGCCAACAAUCCUCGCAAUGUGCAACAAAAACCUGCCGCAAGCAAUAAUGCAGCUGGUAGCAAUCCUCAAAAUGUCAAACUGAAUCCUGCGAACAUCAAAGAUGGAGCUGCAAGCAAUCCACGUAACAUUCAACAAAAACCCCCAGCAAACAAAGAUGCAGCUGCCAGCAAUCGACGCAGCGUUAAACGAAAACCCCCAGCGAACAAUAAUGCAGCAGCCAGCAAUGCACGUAAUGUUAAACUGAAUCCUGCAGACAGCAAAAAUGCAGCUGCCAAUGAUCCAAGCAACAUUCAACAAAAACCUGCAGCAGAAAAUAACGCAGCUGACAGCAAUCCUCGUAACGUUCAAGAAAAUCCUGUAAACAGAAAUAACGCAGCUGACAGCAAACCUCGUAACGUUCAAGAAAAUCCUGUAAACAGCAAUAACGCAGCUGACAGCAAUCCUCAUAAUGUUCAAGAAAAUCCUGUAAACAGCAAUAACGCAGCUGACAGCAAUCCUCAUAAUGUUCAAGAAAAUCCUGUAAACAGCAAUAACGCAGCUGACAGCAAUCCUCAUAAUGUUCAAGAAAAUCCUGUAAACAGCAAUAACGCAGCUGACAGCAAUCCUCAUAAUGUUCAAGAAAAUCCUGUAAACAGCAAUAAUGAAGCUCCCAUUGUUAGAAAAAUAUAUAAAGCAGUGAGAAAAAAUCCAGUUGACAGUAAUCCAAAGGUUGAAGAACAUGAAAACAUCAAUGAAGAUGACCUCAUUAACCUUUUGCUAGUAAAUUACACAUCCAAAUGGAAAAAGCAUGAGAAGAACAGUAAAACUUUCACGUCAUAUCUAAGCAGCACUUGCAGUGCCAUUACCAACGCAACAGUUACACAAGGCAACGCACCUGUGGGGACAAAAUUUACUUAUGAUGGAGAUAAUAAAAGAUCAAUGACAGUGACACCAGAGCUGUUCAAAGUGUUUCCAAAGGAAAACCCCUUUCAAACAGCACCAUGGGAGACGUGUGCUGUGGUUGGCAAUGGAGGCAUCUUAGCCAACAGCAGCUGUGGGAAAGAAAUCGACGCUGCUUCAUUUGUUAUCAGGUGUAAUCUUCCACCACUGAACAAUGGACACGAAAAUGAUACCGGACGGAAAACCAGCCUUGUCACAGCCAACCCAAGCAUCUUUGUUGAAAAGUACAGUGCACUAAAUGAGUAUCGGCGGCCUUUUUUGGAGGAUAUGCAGUUGUAUGGGGACGCUUUGGUCUUGCUACCUGCCUUCUCAUUUCGGCGAAACACAGCUGUGUGCCUGCGUGCCCUCUACUCACUGGAGGACUACAGCAAUAAUGGCCCACGGCCCAUCAUCUUUAACCCGACUUACUUGAACAGCCUGGCGCAGUUUUGGCGUGAACAGGGAAUACAGUCGUUGCGCCUCAGCACUGGUAUCAUGAUGGCCAGCUUGGCACUGGAACUUUGCAAAAACGUCCAUCUGUAUGGGUAUUGGCCCUUUGGAAAACACCCGAUCACGCACCAGCAACUGACCAAUCACUAUUAUGAUAACCGGCCAGUAAACAAGAGAAUGCACGCCAUGCCAGAUGAGAUUAAAGCCUUGAUGAAUCUCCAUAACAAGGGUGUGAUUCAUCUACACCUAGAAAAUUGUGCAAAUUAAACCAAUUUGUGCCCGUUCCUAAACUGUGCCUCAUUCAUCUUUUAGAUUGACUCUAGAGAGCAUGAACCAAAGAAAACCUCAAUGAAUGCAUAAAGUGGGUCAAUAUGUCCUGGUAUGGUUUACCCAAGUAGACAAGAUAUGUUUUCCUGUGGACCCAUGAUCUGUCAUACUGGAGUAAUACCGGCACUAUCUUGAUGUUCAUGAGCUCCAUACAACCUGGACUGUAGUCUGGAUUAUCGUUUAUACACUUUAAAUCUGGUUUAAGUGCCAUUGUCGUAUGUCUCUUCAAUCAUUCCCAAUGCUUUCUGUGCAAAUCAUAUUUAACAUGCAAUGACUUUUUUUUAUUACACAAUGUAUGAAACAUUUGUUAUGACUGUUGCUAUAACUGAUGUCAUAUGAUAGCUUUCAUCUAAAGCAAAUUCCCAGCACAGAGACAAGAUUAUUUUUUUAAGUAAAAUAAAAAGUAAAAGAACAUUAAUGAAAACAACAGUGACAAUUGUCAGGAACAAGAUUCUUAAGGCUUCUAAUUUUUUAUUUUAAAACUACUGAGCAUUUCCAGUAGUAUGCAGCGUGAUUGUGUUCAUUCAGUGUGAUUGUGUUGGUCAAACUCCUGCACUCUUGGAUUAAGAGAUUUUUAGUUGCUAAUUUGAAUUGUUAAAAAAGUUAAGAAAGUUCUUAACUUGUUAAAAGAGUUUGACUUUAAAACUCUUUCUGAGAGGAAGACAAUCUAUUGUAGAGUUUUUACACAGAACCCUGAACGGUUUCUUCAGAGAGAUAACCAGAUAUCUUUAAUAGAUUACAUUUAAAGGGCUAGGAAUUCCCAAGAAUGGCACAGCUUGCAUGGAAGCAUUAGAUAUUCUGGGAUAUUACAUGCACUUAUACAGUGUGCGGUUAAUGAAGAGAUGUGUACUGCUUUAAUGCUGUACAUGUAACAAGACAUAAUGAAGAAUUUAUUAUAUAACUCACUAAACAUUUGUCAGAUAUCGUUUUGCCCAAUUAUUGCCCAUUGAUCAUUAAGGGUGUUUGAAGAUCAUGAUUCAGCAGUCAGUAGUGUUUUCUUGCCUUGACUGUGCUUAACAUGUUAAAUACUGUGAAAAACAUCGAAAAUGAUUGUAUGUGGCCGCACUUUAUUACAGAUGGCCUCAGUUGUUUUGAGGCUCUGCAUUUAUAGUAAAUGCACAGUUCUUCAAAUUAAUUUUAUAUAGACACAAAUGCAUUACUGUUCAAGUUGCAUAUUUUGAAGUAAGGUGUGUUUUUGACUGUUUUAAUAAAUUAUUUACAUUUUAA